AUGGAAAAAUUGACGAAAAUUAUAAAUGAACAAAAGUAUGUCACUCUCUCCUCAAUAAUUAUCCUUACCAAAGGAUUAGAGGAAAACUACAAAAAUUUAACUUCUGGUGAUGACGAAUCCGAAGUCAAUUUAAAAUUUGCUUUGACUCAGGCAAUGGCACAGAAAAUUAAAAGUGGAAUCCAAGAGCGUUUUUCUGACCUUGAAAGCAGUAAAACGUUAAUUAUAUCGACGUUCUUGGAUCCCCGCUUUAAACACGUAGGAUUUUCAGACGACAUGGUUGCAGAUCGUGCCAAAAACUUGGUGACAAACUUAGUUUGUAACUUAAUUAAUGCCGAAAAAGAGAAUCACGUGGCCAAUUCAACAAACCACAAACCAACUUUUGAAGAAGCAUCAGUAAUGAGUCCGCCAUAA